CCACAAAACACGCCAGCUCGUGAACUUUCAUUCCAGUAGUGGUCGUGGCGGCAGAGCGCGAGUUUGUCGGUCUUCGAAAAGUCCAGAAAUGUUCGACAGAAAGAGAAUUCAUUAGUGUUCAAACUAGCUGUGUUUUCAUAAAUGUGUGGUGGCGGCUGUAGACAUGAUGAAAUGUCACCGAGGAAGGGCCGGUUUUAGUGUGAUUGUGAUUCUGUUGGGGUUACUUGGAUUGGGGGAUUGUCAAGAAAUAAAAUGUGGCCACCCCGCCAUCCCCCUCAACGCACGCGUGUCCUUAAGCUCCCCGGGCCUCAAUCCCGGCACCGUGGCCUCCUACCAGUGCGACGAAGGUUAUGAAACUUUCGGCAACACCGAAAUCUCGUGUUCGCCUUCGGGAAAAUGGAUAGGCGAGUUACCUUUCUGCGGUACGAACAUCGCCUACCGCAAACCCGCCAACCAGUCCACCACCGUCCGUGGGGGCAGCGCCCUCAACGCCAACGACGGCGAAAAGAGCACCGACCACGACGGCAAAAGGUGCUCUGAGACCCAGAAGGAGGCCAGCCCCUGGUGGCAGGUGGACCUCCUCCAAGCCUACGCCGUCAAGGUCGUCAGGGUUACCACCCGCGGCUGCUGCGGCCACCAGCCCCUGCAGGACCUGGAGAUCCGGGUGGGCAACAGUAGCAGCGACCUCCAGAGAAACCCACUGUGUGCCUGGUUUCCCGGCACAAUAGACGAGGGAAUAACGAAAACGUUCACCUGUGCCAGGGUCCUGACAGGACAAUUCGUUUUCCUGCAGCUGGUAGGAGUGGAAGGAUCGCUGUCCUUGUGCGAAGUGGAAAUUUUCACCACGGAUGAAUUCUCCGUGGACCGCUGCGCCCCCCGCGGCGCCCCAGAAGACGUCCAACUGGCCGCCUUCGCCCGGACCUGCUACGAAUUCGGCGUGUCCAGGGGCGGCUCCUUCGUCGAGGCCCGCAACUACUGCAAAGGCCACAACGGCGAUCUCGUCCACGGGAUGACAGCCGGAGCGACCUCCUUCCUCUUCGCAGAACUGGAACGAAGGAAACCCAUGCUGAAGACCCAGCUGGUGUGGAUCGGCGCCCAGAAAGAGCCAGGAAUCACCUCCAGAGUGUGGAAAUGGGUUAAUGGCGAUUUGGUCCAGCGCCCAGCGUGGGGAAAAGACCAACCGAACAACUAUAACGGCGAACAAAACUGCGUGGUCCUUGAUGGUGGUCGCGGGUGGCUAUGGAAUGACGUGGGAUGCAAUCUCGACUAUCUACCAUGGAUCUGUCAGCACACACCAUCAUCAUGCGGCAGCCCCGAUAAACAACUCAACACAACCAUCAAAGGUACCAACUACAACGUCAACUCAACCAUCGAGUACCAGUGCCCAGAAGGACAAAUGUUAAUAGGGGAAGCCACAAGGUCCUGCGGGAACGAAGGGUUCUGGUCGGGACACGCCCCCACGUGCAAAUAUGUCAACUGUGAUACUCUUCCGGGACUUGAACACGGAACUGUGACCCUAAAAGACAAGCGUACUACGUAUGGAGCCCAAGCGGUCUACACCUGUCACGAAAACUACACUUUAAUAGGGCACGAAGUCCGUACUUGUGGGGAAAAUAGUACUUGGACGAAUUCCACACCUCAGUGUUUGUUUGAUUGGUGCCCUGACCCUCCUUCUAUCAAUGGAGGUAUAGUGAAAAAUUCAGGUCAUCGAGCUGGAGACACGGCGGUCUAUGCGUGUCAGUCGGGCUUCAUCUUAUUUGGACAAGGAGUACUAUCGUGCGAAUUGGGCGGUCAGUGGUCUGGUAAAGCUCCCUCGUGCAAGUUUGUGGACUGUGGAGCCCCUCCCAACAUUGACAAUGGUCGCUAUAUACUAACCAAUGGUACCACUACAGUUGAAAGCUUGGUGGAGUACCAAUGCGGCGACGACUAUUGGCUAGAUGGGCAAAAAACACAGACGUGUACACGCGAAGGGAAAUGGUCUGCGGACGCUCCGUCGUGUGAAUUGAUUACAUGCGAGGAACCUGAAGUUCCAUCAGGAAGCUACGUCGUCGGGUACGACUUCAACAUUCAUUCGUCGAUCGAGUACCACUGUGAAGUUGGACACGUGCUAAAAGGCGAACCAGUGCACACGUGUACCAAAGACGGAGAGUGGUCGGGUACUACCCCCACCUGUGAAUUUAUCGACUGUGGUAAAGUUCCUACGAUGUUGUACGGUACCGUCAACUACAUCAACGACACGACGUACCUCGACAGCCAAAUCGUCUACAGUUGUACCAAAAACUAUAGGUUAAGCGGGGUUCGUAGCAGACGUUGCUUGGAAAGCAGACAAUGGAGCGAUUCAGCCCCAAAAUGUGAAGAAAUUCGGUGUCCCGAACCGGUCCUCGCCGAACAUAGUAUACUCUCAGUGACCGGAAACGACCGAAUGUACGGUCGUACCCUCAUCCGAACCCAGGACUCGUCAAACGUGGCCUCCACCACUUACAAAAUCGGGGCUUUGGUGAAAUAUAGGUGCGAACGAGGCUACAAAGUUAUAGGGGAGCCUUUAAGCACGUGUGAGGAUACAGGGCAGUGGAGCGGGGACGUACCUCAGUGUGUCUAUGUCGACUGUGCGAAUCCUGAGGAAAUCCAAAACGGUAAAGUUACUUUAGCCACAAAUGCGACCUACUAUAGCGCUUUGGCGCUGUACUCUUGCAACAAAAAUUUCGAGCUUGACGGGGUAUCGAGGCGGCUGUGUUUGGAAAAUGGUACUUGGAGUUCAAACGCGCCUGUUUGUCGAGAGAUUCAGUGCAGAGAUCCAGAUAGUUUGGAAGGGAUGUCGUUCAAAAUUAGUACCCAUAGUGUGGGCGGAAUCGCUGUGUAUUCUUGUCCUCGAGGGCACAUAAUGCAAGGAAACUCGACUCGUUUGUGUUUGAAGAAAGGGGUGUGGAGUGGUCAAGCGCCUUCUUGUACUGUGAUGGACUGUAAGCACCCAGGGUUAAUAGAAAACGGACGGGUGAUUAUAAUGAACGGUACCACGUACAAUAGCGGCGUGGAGUACCACUGUAUACCAAACUAUGAACGAAUCGGACCUUAUUUGAGAAAAUGUAUGGAAAAUGGAGAGUGGUCGGGAGAAGAACCACGAUGUGAAAUGUCGAACGAAGAACCACAAGAAACCUCAAACCUAGGUACUAGUAUAGGCAUAGGCGCCGGAGUGGUACUCUUCCUCCUUCUCCUCCUCGGCAUAAUCUACCUAAAACUACGCAAGCCCAUCCCAGUGAAAAACACCGAAAACGUGGAAGGGGCGGAGCGCAAAGAAGACAGAAACGCAGCCGUUAUGAGUUACGCCACGCUAAGUGACAGAAAUGGGUACGCUCACACGCACUUACCGCCAAACAUUUAUGAAAAUAUCCACGACGAAAACAUGUACGACGCGCCUUACGAAGAAACGAGUAGGGAUAGUGGCACUUACGAGCCUGAACCCAUUGGACGGUCAAAUGGGAGUGUAGUUACCAUUAAUGGCGUUUCCGUCAGAUGAGGGAACUUGUUAUCACGUGAACUGAACCAAAACAACGAGACCUAGAUGUUGAUAGUAGAGAGUUUUAUUUUGGACGAUUUUUAAUUUAAAUUGUGUUUUGUGGAGAGUUGAUGUGUUGGGGACUAUUUAUUUGAUGACUGUCAAGAGUGGAAAUAUGAUUUAAAUUAAAAAUUGUUUACUUGUUGUAAAUUUGUGUGGGUGGGUGUUGUGUGAAUGGAGGAGUGAAUGGUUCAUGGGUUAAAUUGUGUGGACCAAUGUAAAUACUCAUUUUGUACUAAGAUAGUGUUAUUGUAUUAUAGUAAAUAUAACAAAUAAAUAAAA